GCCAAGGGAGCGGGAGGGGGGAAGAAAAGGGAAUUCCAACCUGUGGAACCUUUGGGGGUCCCCGAGGUCGGCUCCUUCCCGCUGACUGUGGACGGUACCGGGGACAAAGCUUCUGGCAGCUCGCGGGGGUGCUGGGGUCCGCACGGGGACGGAAGGGAAUGUCAGUGUGAGCGGGGUACGGAAAUUCCAAACUCAGAACCUAGAGGCCCUGGGGACUCAGGCGCUGGGGAGAGGGAGUGCGGGCAGCCAUGCGGGACCGGACCCAUGAGUUGAGGCAGGGGGAUGACAGCUCGGACGAUGAGGACAAGGAGUGGGUGGCGCUGGUGGUGCACCCGGGCACGGCCCGGUUGGGGAGCCCGGACGAUGAGUUCUUCCAGAAGGUCCGAACAAUUCGGCAGACUAUUGUCAAGCUGGAGAAUAAAGUCCGGGAGUUGGAGAAGCAGCAGGUCACCAUCCUGGCCACGCCCCUUCCCGAGGAGAGCAUGAAGCAGGACCUUCAGAACCUGCGCGACGAGAUCAAACAGCUGGGGAGGGAUAUCCGCACGCAGCUGAAAGCCAUAGAGCCCCAGAAGGAGGAAGCUGAUGAGAAUUAUAACUCAGUCAACAUGAGAAUGAGAAAAACACAGCACGGGGUCCUGUCCCAGCAAUUCGUGGAGCUCAUCAACAAGUGCAACUCCAUGCAGUCUGAGUACCGGGAGAAGAACGUGGAGAGGAUCCUGAGGCAGCUGAAGAUCACCAAUGCUGGAAUGGUGUCUGACGAGGAGCUGGAGCAGAUGCUGGACAGUGGGCAGAGUGAGGUGUUUGUGUCCAAUAUACUGAAGGACACACAGGUGACUCGACAGGCCCUAAAUGAGAUCUCAGCCCGGCACAGUGAGAUCCAGCAGCUUGAACGCAGCAUCCGAGAGCUUCAUGACAUCUUUACUUUUUUGGCAACUGAGGUGGAGAUGCAGGGGGAGAUGAUCAACCGGAUCGAGAAGAACAUCCUGAGCUCAGCGGACUACGUGGAGCGUGGGCAGGAACAUGUCAAGAUAGCCCUGGAGAACCAGAAGAAGGCACGGAAGAAGAAAGUCUUUAUUGCCAUCUGUGUGUCCGUCACUGUCCUCAUCCUGGCAGUCAUCAUCGGCAUCACCACAGUGGUUGGAUAAUAUCAUACUUUCUUGGCACUGGGAGCACCAGGAACCCAGGGCCUGGCCUUCUCUCCCAGCAGCUGCUAGGGGCAGGGCAGAGCCUCCAACCAGACCCCAUUCCUGACACUGGCCCCUGUGUGGAGGGGCAGAUGGUUCUUCUGGGGUUGGCAGCUGCUCAUUCAUGGGGGCCUCCCACUUCUGGACACAGUGCCCCAGGGAAGGCCUGUAGCAUCCUGUUUGGCUGGGACACACGGUUUUGUAAAAAAUUAAAAUGAAGGAAGAAAGACCCUGUGUAUGUGUGUUCCUGGAAGGGCUGGCACAGGGCUUCCAGGAACGGGUGGAGUAGGGAGGGGUAUCCCCCACAUCUGGCUCCCAGCACAGUACUGUCCCUGGGGAAAGGCCACUGUGAGUACCUGUCCCCGAAGCAAUAAGG